AUGUCUGUUAUUGGUCUUGAUUUGGGUAACUUUUCAUCAUACAUCGGUGUGGCUCGAGCCGGUGGUGUUGAAAUCAUUGCGAAUGAAUAUUCGGAUCGUCUAACACCAACUUAUGUUACUUUUGACAAGUCGACUCGUUCAAUAGGUCAAUCAUCUAAGGCAAUGGAAGUUACACAUGCAAAGAAUACCAUUUGUAAUUUUAAACGAUUAUUGGGUAGAAAAUAUCAAGAUGCACAUGUUCAACACGAAAAACAACUUAAUGCAUAUUCCAUUGUUGAAGCAAAAGAUGGCUCAGUUAAUAUCGAAGUUGACUAUUUGAAUGAGCGUAAACGAUUUACACCUGAACAAAUAACUGGAAUUUUGUUUACAAAAUUAAAACAAAUUACUGACACGGAAUUGAAGACCAAAGCCGUUGAUUGUGUUAUUGGAGUUCCUUGUUUUUUCACUGAUGCUGAACGACGAGCUAUGCUUGAUGCUGCGCAAAUAGCUGGUUGGAAUUGUCUUCGACUAUUGAAUGAAACUACAGCUGUUGCCCUAUGUUAUGGUAUCUACAAGGCAGAUCUUCCAGAACCAACUGAGAAACCUCGUCUUGUUGCUUUUGUUGAUAUGGGUUAUACAACAUUACAAGCGUCUAUUGUUGCGUUCAACAAAGGCAAAUUGAAAAUGGUUGCAACCGCUUGUGACCCAUUAUUAGGUGGUCGGGAUUUUGAUCACCUAAUUUUGGAUUCUAUGCGUGAUGAUUAUCAAAAACGCUAUAAACUUGAUUCAUACAGCACAACGAAAGCUAAAUUACGAUUGAAAGCUGAAUGUGAAAAAGCAAAAAAAUUAAUGUCAAGUAACGUUCAACCAAUUCCAAUUGGACUUGAAUGUUUUCUUAAUGAUAUGGAUGUUAAUGGAAAAAUGUCACGGGCUGACUUCGAAGAAUUAGCUAAACCGUUACUUGAUCGUAUACGAAAUACAAUUGAAAAUCUUCUUAAAGAAGCGAAAGUACCAGCUGAAGAAAUUGAAUCCGUUGAAAUUGUUGGCGGUUCAACUCGUAUACCUGCGGUCAAGCAAAUCGUUCAAGAUGUUUUCCAAAAACCACCGAUGACAACAAUGAAUGCUGACGAAAGUGUUGCACGCGGUUGCACUUUAAUGUGCGCUAUUUUGAGUCCAACAUUUAAAGUUAAAGAAUUCAAAAUUGAAGAUUGUCAACCAUAUCCAAUAACAUUGUCAUGGCAAGGUGGCGUCAAUGAAGAUAAUGAAGUUGAAGUAUUCAGUCGUUGGAAUGUUAUUCCAUCAACCAAGAUGCUUUCGUUCUAUAAACGAGAACCAUUAACCGUUGAAGCUCGUUAUUCCUACCCAAAUGAUAUACCAUUUUCGGAAUCACGUAUUGGUCAAUAUACUAUCGAACAAAUUCAGCCACAACCAGAUGGUACGCCAUCAAAAAUAAAAGUUAAAGUUAGACUUAAUCGUAAUGGAAUAUUUGAUGUUACACAAGCAUCAUUAAUUGAAACGAUCGAAGAACCAAACCAACCAGCAGAAGUUAUGGAAUCAACACCUGCUACAGAACCAGCACAAAAUGGUAUCGAUCAAAAUCCACCAACUACAGAAGAAAAAAUGGAAGAAACUGCUCCAACUGUCAAUGGUACAGAUAUUCCUAGUAGUGGCGAUGCACAAACAACAGACGACAAGAAAGACGAAGAAGAAGGUGGUGAAGAAAAACCAAAAACAGGUAAUACAGCAGCAACAAAAAAGAAGAAGAAAGAAAUUGAUUUACCAAUUACACCUCGAGUGCCUGGCGCCAGCAAAAAAGAACUUGACCGUUUAAUUGAACAAGAACAUGAAAUGAUUGCACAAGACAAGAAAGAAAAAGAACGUUCAGAUGCUAAAAAUUCUGUUGAAGAAUAUGUUUAUGAUAUGCGCGGAAAACUCGAAGGCGGUCCAUUGGAAAAAUAUGCCGAUGACGUUAUUCGACAACAAUUAUUGAACGAACUACAACUAGCAGAAGACUGGCUCUACGACGAAGGAGUACAUCAAGAAAAAAGCGUUUAUAUUGAACGCUUGAAAAAGCUAAAAGAUAUUGGAGAACCUAUUCGUAAUCGUUAUCUUGAAGCCGAACAUCGUCAAAGUCAUAUGCAAGACUUAAUGAAGUCGAUUCAACGAAUUGAUGAAGCUAUACAAAUAUAUUACACAAAAUCAAGUGAUAAAUAUUCACAUAUCGAUCAAAGCGAAAUUGAAAAAGCCAAUAAGAUCUUAACUGAAAAACAAACUUGGUAUGAUCAAACAGCCAAUCGUUUUAAUGCGCUUAAAAAACAUGAAGAUCCAACUAUACUUUGCUCACAACUCAAACAACAAAGAGAAACGCUUGAACGAGAAUGCUGGGCCAUUCUGAAUAAACCAAAACCAAAAGUUGAGCCGCCCAAGGAAGAGCCUGCGAAACAGCCAACAACUAAUCAACAAGAACAAGCUCAAAAUCAACCACCACCACCACCACCUCCAACAUCAUCAGGAAAUCAACAAUCAACUGAACAGCAACCAUCGAUGGAAGUUGACUGA